AUCUGCUGGCCGGGGGCCGCCAUAUUGCUGCGGUUGAGGGGGAAGGGGGCUCUCGGCUUUGCUGCAGUCCGAGCUGUCACUGCGCGACUCCGCGGCUCCUCGCCUCCCGCUGGAGCCCGCGGCGCGGAGCGCUGGGCCGCCAUGGCCCGGAGGCUGAACACGGAGCAGGGUAUCCGCCUCAGCGCGAUGAGCCCGCGCUACCUGCAGAGCAACAGCACCAGCCACACGCGGCCCUUCAGCGCCAUGGCCGAGCUGCUGGACAAUGCCUCAGAUCCCGGUGUGACGGCUAAGCUUCUUUGCAUUGAUGUUGUGGAGAUCAAGGGGGAGCUUUGUUUGACUUUCACAGAUAAUGGUGCUGGAAUGACACCUCACAAACUUCACCGUAUGCUCAGCUUUGGCUUCACGGACAAGGCAGUGAAGAAGAACCACCCAUCCAUUGGAGUGUAUGGUAAUGGUUUCAAGUCCGGCUCCAUGCGUCUGGGAAAGGAUGCCAUUGUCUUCACCAAGAAUGGAGGUGCACUCAGCGUGGGGCUCCUUUCGCAGACUUAUUUGGAACGUGUCCAUGCUCAGGCUGUUGUUGUUCCAGUGAUACCAUUCAACCAGCAAAACAAGAAAAUGAUUGUUACGGAAGACUCUGCACCCAGCCUCGAGGCCAUCCUGAAACAUACGCUCUUCAGUACUGAGGAGGAGUUGCUGGCCCAAUUUGAUGCCAUUCCAGGCAAAAAGGGCACACGGAUCCUCAUCUGGAACAUCCGCAGGGCAGCAUGGACUGAGGCAAGAGGGAGGAAACACAAUAGAUGCAGGGCAGUAGCUGCAAACACUUCCGUGCAAAAACGGAACAUGCUGAUGAGCCCACGCUAUCCAGCUGGAGCGCACCACUCCCUCCUCCUGACAGCACAUGGCUGCACAGGUGCUGACUUUCCAAAGUGCUGGGGAAAUAAAGAUGGGAAGCCUGAAUUGGACUUUGUUACAGACCAGUAUGACAUUCGGAUAUCAGACUUCAGCAUGGAGGAAUCAGAAAAUGCCGGGAAGAAGGUUCCUCCUCGCCUUGAGAAGGUUCAAGAGUCCUCUGCACCAGAAACGGAGUACUCCUUACGGGCAUACUGCAGUAUCUUGUACCUGAAGCCUCGCAUGCAGAUUGUUCUGCGACAGAAGAAAGUGAAGACUCAGCUGAUCUCCAAGAGCUUGGCCAAUAUUGAAUAUGAUGUAUACAGACCUACCUCCACAAACAAGAGGGUGAAGAUCACCUUUGGGUUUAAUUGCAAGAACAGUAGUCACUUCGGGAUCAUGAUGUAUCACAACAACCGACUCAUCAAGUCCUACGAGAAGGUGGGCUGCCAAAUGAAGGGGGAUGGCAUGGGCGUGAUUGGGGUGAUCGAAUGUAACUUCUUGAAACCAGCACACAACAAACAGGACUUUGAAGAAAGCAAGGAAUACCGACGGACAAUUACUGCCCUGGGACAGAAACUCAACACUUACUGGAAGGCGAAGAUGGCACAGAUGAACUUGGGUAGUUCUAGUACCGCCAACAUGAUAGCAGGGAGACCAGACCAGACUUGGGUGCAGUGUGAGGAGUGUCUGAAAUGGAGGAAGCUCCCUGACAAGGUUGAUCCUGCAUCAUUACCUGAGAAGUGGUUCUGUCAUCUCCAUCCCUACCCCAAGUACAAAAGCUGCUCAGCACCUGAGGAGCAGGAGCCCAGUGAUGAGGAGAUGAGCCCCAGCUAUGACCGAAAAUCCAGGAAACAAGAACAGACCGCAGAUAGAAAGAGGAGGAGGUCGUCGUCAUCUUUGGAGAACCUGGAACACCAGGUAUUAUCCGCUACUCCAGAGCCCUGUCCUGCUCACAAUAACAGUGUAACAAGUGUGGCAAAGCGAGAGCCCACAGAAGAGGGGCCUGUUGGGAUUGCUGGCUCUCUCACUCCUCCCCCUGCUCUUGACAAGAUCAGUGCUGUCUAUCUGACCACUGGGCCUUUGGAGCAAAAUAUACCACAGACAGCAAGCAAGCACAAGCUAUCUAUGGAAGAGGAGCUGCUGGAAAAGCGGAAGCGAUAUCAGGAGCGGAUAGACCCAUCCCCCCCAGAUCUGACCAGUCCCAGCCCCCGCACUUCUUUUGAAAGGGACAGCUCUGCUGAAGCAGACCAGGACCAGGAAUGCAGCGAGUCUGACAAGGAUGAUGAGAGUGUAGAGGACAGCAUAGACUCCCACCUAGUCAGAGAACCUCUGGAUGCACUCAGUGGCACCAACCAAGCUGGGGAUGCUUCACACAAUGGGGGUCUCUGUCCUACCAAAGAGACUCGAGCAAGUCUCAGUCACUUAGAAGGAGAGCAAAAGGAGACUGCAGUGGUUCAGGUGGAACUGGAAGAGGAAAUGCCGGCCUUAAUAUCAGAAAGCCAGGCAGCAGAUAAGAAUGUCUGUGUAAAUACCUGUGGGAACGUGGAGGAGAUGGACAAGAGGCCCUUCGUGGCUGUUGUUGGUAUUUCAAAGGCUGCUGCGGAUGGUGAAGCCCCCAUUCAGCUAAUCCCUUUUGGGUGGGAGGAGAGACUUGAUAAAGCAAAGGUUGAGAAGGCCCGGAGCCACAACGAUCCUCCCCCUGAUGGGGACAAAGGAGGAGGAGACUUGCAGGUACCAAAGACCACAAAUCAGAGGGAUAUGGUGGAGCAGGAAGAGCUGAGACAAAUUGCAGAGAAUUUCUCGGUGGAGCUGAAGAGGGUCUCAGCGGAACGAGAUUUGCUCCAGGGCAAGGUGGAAGAACUAGAGCAGGAGAAGUGCCACCUGGAGACAGAUUUCUUGAAAAGCCAACAGGAGUUGGCAACGCUCAGGGCUCAGGAAACCGAAGGCUUGUACUGGAGCAAGAAACACAUGGGUUACCGCCAGGCUGAACUGCAAGAGCUGAAGGCUCAGCUGGAGAGGACCAUAGAGGAAAAGACCGAGCUGAAGGAGAGGCUCAAGGAGACAGAGAUGCACCUGGAGGUGCUUAGGGAGGCGCAUGUCUCCUGCAGGAGCCCAGAGAGGGGAGACUUGAAAAGCACUAUGGAGAAGCUGAAGAACCUGCGUAGGAAUGUCAGCCAGCUCCUCUCGCUGGUUCUCCCUCACCUUGAACUGCAGGAUGUUAACUAUGAGUCAGACCAGAUUGAUGAGAUCUUGCAGACGGUGUUGGAGACUAACAGGAUGUCAGAGUAGCCCUUGUCCCAUGCUGCCAUUGUGCCUUUUUGUAUAGUUUCUUUAAUAAACUCGUAAGUGCUUCAUCCUAA